GAAAUUUCAGUCCCUGUUUCCGGAAGGAGAAAAAUAAAAUAAUGGGUGGGAGUGAAAGUAGGAAGUCAACGGGAAGUCUCGUCUUCCUCGUGUUUGCUAUUGUGGCGACUGGUCCUACUUCUGCACUAAAUGGAGUCAGCUUUUUACUUCUCAUAUUUAUUUAUAAGUGUAUAUACGCAUCUACUUACUCUUCCUAAACGCCCCGAGUCUUUUGCCGCUUCUCCGACGACUUGCAAAUUCUAUGAACAUAACCAUAGGAAUCCCCAUGAAGAAGGGAAACCUAGACCCUAAACUCAACAUCUCCAUCCCUUCUUCCGAUGGAAAUGACAUUGCCAAAUUCCUAACCCAAAGCGGCACGUUUAUGGACGGGGAUCUUCUUGUUAAUAAGGAUGGAGUUCGAAUUGUUUCUCAAAGCGAAUCUGACGCCCCACCUCCUAUCAUGCCAUCAGACAACCAAAUGAGUUUAGAAGAUCUAGAUAUGGUUAAGGUUGUUGGAAAGGGAAAUGGUGGAAUUGUGCAAUUAGUGCAACACAAAUGGACCGGUCAAUUUUUUGCACUUAAGGUUAUCCAAAUGAAAAUUGAGGAGUCGGCACGUAGACAGAUUGCUCAGGAGUUGAAAAUUAAUCAAUCAUCAAAUUGCCCAUAUGUGGUUAUCUGUUAUCAAUCUUUCUACAAUAAUGGUGUCAUUUCGAUAAUCUUGGAGUAUAUGGAUGGUGGAUCUCUUGCAGACUUCCUGAGAAAAGUCAAAACAAUUCCCGAACCUUAUCUUGCUGCUAUCUGCAAGCAGGUGCUCCAGGGUUUACUGUAUCUUCAUCAUGAAAAACAUAUAAUACACAGAGACUUGAAACCUUCCAAUUUGUUAAUAAAUCAUAGAGGAGAAGUGAAGAUAACUGAUUUUGGUGUGAGCACAAUAAUGGCAAGCACCAAUGGACAGGCAAAAACUUUUGUUGGCACCUACAACUAUAUGUCUCCUGAGAGAAUUAGUGGUGGUAAAUAUGGGAACAAAAGUGACAUUUGGAGCUUAGGAUUAGUGUUGCUCGAGUGUGCAACAGGCCAGUUUCCGUAUUCACCACCGGACCAAGGGGAAGGGUGGAGUAGCUUUUAUGAGCUUAUGGAAGCCAUUGUUGAUCAACCACCACCUUCUGUGCCUUCUGAUCAAUUUUCUCCUGAGUUCCGCUCAUUUAUUUCUGCGUGUGUACAAAAAGACCCAAAGGACAGACAGUCAGCUCGUGAACUUUUGGGACAUCCUUUCAUGAAAAUGUACCAUGACUUGGAUGUAGAUCUGCCUUCAUACUUCACCAAUGCAGGAUCUCCACUUGCAACUCUUUGAAUCUUGUGUGGAGUUCGCAAUUGCAAUCAAACAGCCUGCGAGACCAUAAGCGUGGAAGGAAUAGCUACUAGGAUUUUUCACCAUCUGCUGUCCCUGAGGUUGCAAUAUUAACUUUGGCUGCCACAAUGAGAUAGGGAAGGCUUAGGACACCACAGAUAUUCAAAAAAAAAAAAGAAAAAGAAAAACCGAAAUGUAAGAACACUUUGGAGUUGUACGAAUAGCUUGCCAUUUUUUUAGGUUUUUCAUUUAUUCAAUUAAUGAGGGUUUCGUAUAUGGAAGAUGCUGCUGAUGUAUAAUUAUGAGCUUGUAAUAUGUUGGAUUAGAUUGAGGAACUUGACAAAUGUGUGAUUAUUAUUUGAAGGUGUGAAUUUAUUACA